UUUUAGGGGUUUAGAUACCAUGGCGUCGUUGGCGAUGGCAUUCUCCUCCAGCUUCGAUGGAGCCGGCCGGGUCUCGAGGAUUUUGCGAUCGAGAUCGGCAGUAGAGCGCUCGAUCAGCGCCGCCAGGCCAUGCGGUAUGUCAAGCUCUAGUAUAAGGGGUCUGCAUUCUCACAAUGUAGCAAGAAUCUCGAGAAUCGCCGCGCGAAGAGAGGAAGAAGAAGAGCCGCAGGAAGAAGAAGAUUACGAGCUGCUGACGCUUGAGAAGCUGCGAGAACAGCGAAAUCUCAUGAACGAUAUCAUGAAGAGGAAAGUGAGGGUCUACAAGAAGAAAUUUAAGCGGCGAGAGGCCAGGGAGCAAGGCACUGUGGAAGAGCAAUUUGUGUCCACUUUCGAUAGGCUGGAGCCAUUCUUUGAGGACGAGAAGCCGUCGGAAGGUAUGAAGCAGCUGCUGGCAUUGGUGGAAUCAAGUCGAGCGUUUGACGAGCCUCCUCCGCCGAAGUACCAAGUUCCACAGUGGCUCCAAAACGCUGGUGUGAUCACAUUAUACGCACUCUUCUUAUACGUUGUGGUUUACGUAAAUGAAGUUCUCGACGACUAUGACGAGCGAAAGGCUCUUGAGAAGGAAGCUGCGAUGGCCGAUAAGGGCGAGGAUCUAGAGAAAGCUAAGAAGAGCAUGGAGAAGAGCCUAGAGAGCGAGUUUAACGUAGCGGCGGGGCGAGUUGGAACCACUGCGGAGAACCAAAGAAACGUACAGAAGGAGCCCAACGUGCUGGAGAGAUUCUCUCAGACCAUCCAGUUGUGGCUACGGUCUCUUUGGUUUAGCAUCCUCGGGAAGUGGAAAGGGCGAUCUUAGCAGAAUUGUAGCUUAGGACUGGACUCUCCUUUUGUUUUCUUAGAGUGCAUGUACAUUGACAGGGAAGAAUGCAAUCUUGUUCGCAUUUUCA